CAGGCUGCAAUCAUAGCUCACCCUUUGUCUUCCUCCCCAAGCUGUGUGGGUUUGGUUUUAUUCAAUGGCAUCCAUAAAAGUCCAAGCACUCCUUGGUCCUUCUUGUACCUGUUGUGAUUUCCUCUGCUGAAAUCCAGAUUCAGUGUGAUCAUGGCUCUUCCAAAAGGACUGCAAUAGCAACACUUGCUUUAGCUGUAGAAGGCAGAGGAUAGGAGAGAAUCUCAUCCUCUUUCAUCACCCUGUGUGCCAGUGAAAUGCAGACACCAGGGGAGCAGAUGUAUAAUCCCUUCACAGGGGUAAAGAAAUCCCUCAGUGCUUCAGCUGCAGUAUUUCCUGAAUCCAAGAAGGUAGGGAAAGGCAUUUUUCUGUAUCCAUCCUUCUCAAGUACACUGGUUUUUUUUCCAAGGAAAAUGCAUUAUUUCUGCCGUCUGAAUUUACCUGUCUGCUCAAGGUACACAUAAUGUGGCAAGAUACUUCUUUAUUUCAAGUGUUUAAUUUAACACAAACAUUACUUUAAAAAUAAAAGAAAACAACCUCAUAGAAGAAAUUUUGAGUAAAAUGUUAUGGUCAGUGUCUUUCAGUAGUUCAGGCUAAAGCACAGUGGUAAUUUAUUUUAACCUUACUACAUCUGAAUAAUUAAUUCAGAAAGGAAUGCUUCCUGGCAAAAAUGAAAUGAGGUAAUGAUUGGAAAUGCCUAUCUGACAGCUAUAAAUAUGGCAGCCAUCUUUACACAUGACUUCAUCAACAUAAAAAUUUUCUCCCUUCCUUCUUUUUUUUAAGUAACCUGUAGAUCACCAAUUGGAAAAAAUGACCAAUUAAAAUAAAACCAAAGCACACUAGAUUUUCCACUUGAUCAUGUAAUUUGUACUGAAUUUCUUGUACAUUCAGCCUUUUUCCUCCUCUGUUAAAUUUUUACAUGGAACAUUGAACCUUUUCUUAAACAGUGGUAGAAUAUGCAGUGUCUACUGCUUUUCCUGUUAGUGAUUCCUGGAAGAUGGUGUCUGUCCAAAGCAAAUGAAUGCUAUUUUAAAUACUUGUUUCAAGAAACAGCUGAAGGUCUUGUUGGUUAUGCUGUAGCAGCAAAUUUGUUUUGACCUUCUUAAAUAGUUCUUUGGUUUAGGUGUUUCAGCUGAGCAGAUUCAGUGGCACUGAUGUUGCACCUGUAGUGACAAAACAUGAAUUAGAGUAAUUAGUUUCAUUUGGAUGCAAAAUGCACAGAAAUUGUCAUUGUGUUGUUCUAAAGUAAGUCAGCCUGAAAUAUGCAGUAGUCAUCCUCCAUGUUAUCUUGCUUUAAGAGUUUGAGAGUUAAGCUCUACAAACAUUGAGACUGUAGGAAGUAGAAAGGAAGUCUUUAAAAGCUUGUUUUAUCUCGUUUUUUGUCUAUUGUUACUUUUAUAUUAGAAAUUUGGUCAAGUUUCUAAGCUAAUAUACCUUUAGCAGAAAGCAGUAACUGUGAUAUUUAACAAAGUUUGACAAACUCGUCCUCAUUUGAAAUUCAGGUGCAAUUGCAUCAGCAGGAAGGUAGUAAGCAAACUUAAUGAACUAAUUGAUAUUUACUAACCCUUUGAGACUGACAGCUAAUUUUUUCACAGAUGAAUGUGAGUACUUUCUUAAUAAGAACUGACUAUCCAAAGGUCCUGUUUUUGUUCUGUGUAUUUUUAUUUCUGAGAAUAAGAGAUAGGAACUUUUCCCCAAAACAUUCUGAUGGCUUUUUCUGAUUUUGGUUUUUGUUUUUCUUUUUUUUUAAAUGAUAAUUUUGGAUCUUUUAUCUCAAUUAUAUACCUAAAAUAGUUAUGCUAUUAUUUUUGCUAUGUUUCUCAGUAAAAGCAAAGGUGGUUUUAUGUUGAAAUUAAAAACAUCUUAUUUCUUCCAUUUUACUGUUGCAAGGUAUUUUGUUUUCUUUAUCUGCUACUGUACAGCUUCAUAUCUGAAAUAGCUCAUCAGUUAUAAACUGAUUUUUUUCUGUUGCCCCAGGAUUUUUGUAAUCUCCAGUGUAGUGAUUGUUGAGGUUUGCAGAGAAGUUCUGAUCUUGGUUGCAGCAGUGCAAGUUGGACAUAGUGUUAAGUUUCAAGUUGCUUGCUGUGUGCUGCAAAGAAAGGCUGUGCUUGUGCAUAUGAAGCAGCACAAUUCCAUCCAGGUCAGUGGGAUAAAGCUUGAAGGCUCAGGAGCAGGUAUGAACAGAUCUCUUUCUUCACAUGGAGAACAGAGCACCAGCUUUUGAAAUGCAGGGAAUUCUGCCUGUAUUUUUCAUAGAGGAAAAAUUAAAUGCAUAUGGAAAGAAUUAGUUAUGUGACUUAUUAAAUGGGAAUGUAGUACAGUUUUCUGUGCUCAGAAACUCAUCUUAGUAAUAUUUAGUUAGACUUCAGUAAGGUUGUUCAUUAUUUGCAGGAAAUACACUGCUCUGUGGAUCAGCAGAGAGGAGACUAAAAUCACAGGUAGUCUUCAUUUUCUUAAAUUUGCUUUUCUGCCUGCCAUUAAAGAAGAGAAGUUUGGCAAUAUUGUGCCUGUGCUAUAUAUUUAUUCAGAAAAGCUAGUUCACUUUGUGAAGAGCAGCAUAACAAGAGAGUUUAAUUUUAUGGAAGCAGUAGUCAAUCUACAUGAUGAAGCUUUCGUCACUGGGGCUUUUGUUACACACUGCAAUCUGAAAUGGUUCUUUUAAAACUUUUCCAAGCACUGAAUCUAUUUUCAAAGUAUCAUAGUUGCAGCUCUUCUACUGGAAGUGUUUUGAACUCCAGUUUAGUUGGCAGUUUGCUCACUAUCCUUUUUCCUUUUGUGGUACAUCUAAAUAUUUCAAAAAAUAUGGAAGGACAUAUUGGCUUCUUGACAGGGUUUUGAUGGAAAAUUUCCUUAAGUUUAUUUGACUUUACAUUUUUAGUCUGAAGACUUUGCCAUAGGCAAGCAGUGUACGAAAUGCCUGUAAUGGCAGCUCUGCUUUUAGCUGUCAGCACCAGAGUAUAAUCUGCAAACCUUCAGCUUGCCUUAAAAGGGGAGAAAAUACUUCUUCACUGAAGUCUUGAAGGGAGGUGUUGUAUUUGUGAGAACAACAUAGUAAUGGAGAGUUCUCAAUGAUUUUUGUCAGCAAGUACCAUUGAGGUUACAGUGUCAUGUUUUCAGAAGCUGCAGAUUUGGGCUGUCAGUCACCAUUCUUCAGAGUUCCCAGCCAACUGCCUGUGAUCAUUGGGAUCUUUUGGAAGCACCACUCUUGAGGUCCAUACUGAAACUCUCAUCCUGGCUUCUUAAAUGUUCUUAAGCUUGUACUGCUCCCUCCAGGGGAUUCAUCUGAAGAGGAUUCUUGUGCCAUUGAGACCCCCAGUCCUGCCUGGCCUGCAUUGCAGGGCCUGGUCCCUGGCAUGCCCUCAGUGCUCACAGGCACUGCAGUGGUGCUGCCAGGAGCACAGCACUGCAAGGCUGCGUGUCAAAAGGGCAUGAAAAGGUUGGCCCGUGAAAGGUGGUCUGCUGAUUUGAAAGGUGAAAAUGGGCAAGCAAGCUUUUCUGUAGGUGCUGAGCUAACACAGCAUUGUGAGACACGUUAGGCAGGAGAAGGUCAGAUCUUUAUGGGCAAUAGGGGGAGUCUGUAAAAGGAAAGAGCUGAGUGGGAAGAUGUACAGUGACAAUGUAAAUAGAGGUCAGACUUUGCCUUGCUGGAGAACCGGAUAUCCAUAUGCAAAGAGAACAGAAUCUGGACUUCCAUCAGCAGUGUGAAUGCUGAUUUUCUAUACUGCUUUGGGAGUUUGACUGUAUUUAAUUGCAGUUCUCAGGAAGACUAUUUUAUCUUUCACCUCACACAGGAGAGGAAAAGAAUGGUUGGUAAAGCUAGUUUAAAAAUAGCCUGAGGAGUCCGACAUACUCAGCUGUGUAUACAAAGUUCACCAAAUUACAAAAAGAAAUAUAAUACUUAGUAAUGGUGUUCUUCUCAAUUUCACCAACAUUUUUACUUCCUUACUCCUAAAAUGUUGAGAUAUUUUCAAGUACCUGUAUUGUGAGUUCAUGUGGUUUACUGUCUGACAUACGAGACCAGGUUAUUCUUGGGUCAUAUUUUUGAGAUUUCCCCUGGAACCAUAUGGAUAAGAGCUAUGUAUUUACAUGAAAGAUGAGAAUAUAGUGUGUUUUUUUGGCUUCAGGAGCUGGAACUUUAAGAAAGGCUUGCACUUCUGCUUGCUUAGUCAAAGCAGGUUAUUUGAUGGGUUGGAUUGUUAUAAAUCAAAAUUUCUUUUCUUCAGCUAUAAUAUACAAAUGAAAGAGAGACUACAUCCAUAUGCUAGUCCAGGAUUAUCCUAAAGGAAAGAGAUCCAUUUCAGGAAGCAGUUGUAACAUUCUAGAGAGCAAAUGGGCACCUGGGUUCCCCUGGGCUGUUGCCCUGGGGUAUUGGUGAGAGGCAGCACGAUCAGCUCGUUCGGGUUGCAGGACUGUGCUUGUGCAGGGCUGAUUGUAAAACCAUAGGUUGCUUCCUGGUUAGAUUUUAAUUUCUGAUUUAUGUAUUACAAACUUGUGAAUAAAAGGAGGUGCUGUACCUUUAAGUAGCACAUGCCGUCUAACCAUCAACAGGCAUCUCUUGCAGCAGCUUUAGCCUGUUUCUCCAAUCAUGCCUGCCUAAGUCAAUAACGCUUUGCCAAAGCUCCUCGUGCAUUAAAGGUUACCGUUUAGCUUGUUCCAUGAAUCACAGCAGAUGCUUAACUUGGCAGUGACCAUUUCUGUCCCUCCCCUUCUUCGCUUCGUACUGACUGCAGCCCCCCACCCAGCUCAGUGCUGGCCGAGCCCCCUCCCCCAGCAGGGAGAAGUCAUUACAUGAAGAGAUCAACUUACCAGUUGUCUUCAGAGCAGUGGCUGAGAGCAAAGCUCCUGGUCGGACCGUGAGUGCGAGAGAAAGGGGGAGAGGGAGACAGACUCGUACCUACGAGAGCUCAGGGCUGUGAUCCUGAGACACAAGUGCAUCUGCUAGCUGUUAGUACUUGGCAGAGGGUUUGCUCCUCCAGGGUAGCUCUAACUUUGGGUAAUAAUGUUUGUCAGCUACCUGAUACUAACGUUGCUCUGCUUUCAAACAGCAGUGUUAGCAAGACCUGGGGGUGAGAGCAUUGGCUGUGACGACUAUCUGGGUUCUGACAAGGUGAUUGACAAGUGUGGAAUAUGUGGAGGGGACAACACUGCUUGCAAGGUUGUGUCUGGAGUUUUCAAACACACGCUAACAAAUCUUGGCUACCACAAGAUAGUGGAAAUUCCUGAAGGAGCUACUAAAAUCAACAUUACUGAGAUGUCAAAGAGCAACAACUAUUUGGCGCUGCGGAGCCGCUCGGGACGCUCCAUCAUCAAUGGCAACUGGGCCAUCGACCGCCCGGGCAGGUACGAAGGUGGUGGGACAAUGUUCACUUACAGACGCCCCAAUGAGAUCUCCAGCACCGCAGGGGAGUCAUUUUUAGCUGAUGGGCCAACAAAUGAAGUCCUUGAUGUCUAUAUGAUACAUCAGCAGCCUAACCCGGGUAUACAUUAUGAAUAUAUAAUUCCAGGAGACAAUGUCAUUAGUCCUCAGUUGCUUGCUCACAGGAGGCCAGGGGAGCCAUUUAAUGGUCAGUUAGGAAUGCCAGAAAGUACAAGUCAUGAGGAUGAGGAUUUGCAUAGAGAGACAGACAUUCUCACUGGACAGUCAGCUGGAACUUUUCCAGUUAUUCAGCCAGGAAGAUUUCCUUCUCAUCAGCCAGAAAACCAGGUGCCUGCUAUGCAACCACCAAGACAAAACCGAGAAUACAACUGGAAACAGGUUGGAAAAACUGAGUGCACUACGACUUGUGGGAAGGGAUCACAGUACCCAAUUUUCCACUGUGUCAACAGAAUCACUCAUGAGGAGGUACCUGAGGGUUACUGUGACAGCAGCACCAAACCCAUUCCAGAAGAGGAGGCCUGCAACCUGUUCCCAUGCCCUGCUUUCUGGGAUAUAGGGGAGUGGUCUGAGUGCAGCAAAACCUGUGGGCUGGGAAUGCAGCACCGGCAGAUCCUGUGCCGGCAGAUCUACGCCAACCGCACGCUGACAGUGCAGCAGUACCGCUGCCAGCACCUGGAGAAACCUGACACAACCAGCACCUGCCAGCUCAAGAUCUGCAGCGAGUGGCAGAUCAGGACUGAGUGGACCUCAUGUUCAGUGCCUUGUGGAGUGGGGCAGAGAACUCGAGAUGUGAAGUGUGUCAGCAACCUCGGGGACGUUGUUGAUGAUGAGGAGUGUAACAUGAAACUGCGGCCAAAUGACAUCGAGAACUGCGACAUGGGCCCCUGUGCCAAGAGCUGGUUCCUUACAGAUUGGAGUGACAGGUGCUCGGCAGAGUGCGGGGACGGCGUCCGCACGCGCUCCGUGCUGUGCAUGACCAACCACGUCAGCAGCUUGCCCCUGGAGGGCUGCGGCAACAACCGACCCGCGGAGAGCACGGCCUGCAAUAACGGGCCCUGCGCUGGCAAGGUGGACUGGUUUGCUGGGAGCUGGACACAGUGCUCUACUGAAUGUGGUAGUGGAACUCAACAGAGAGAAGUCAUUUGUGUUAGGAAAACUGAAGGUAAUUUUGAUGUUUUGAACCCCUAUGAAUGUUCAUAUUUGGAAAAACCUCCCAGCCAGCAAUCCUGCUACCUCAAACCAUGUGGAUCUAAGUGGUUUCAUACAGAAUGGAGCACAUGUUCCAAGUCCUGCGAAGGAGGAUUUCGGGUUCGGGAGGUGAGAUGUCUGUCGGAUGACAUGGCAGCCAGUACUCAGUGUGACCCACAGCUCAAACCUGAAGAGAAGGAACUGUGUAAUACACAGGAUUGUGUCCCUGAAAUAGAUGAGAACUGCAAGGACAAAUACUACAACUGCAACGUGGUGGUUCAGGCCCGGCUCUGUGUGUACACCUAUUACAAAACAGCCUGCUGUGCCUCGUGUACCCGAGUGGCCAACAGACAGCCAGGCUUCCUGGGGCACAGAUAACAAAGCCUGCUCUGCUCAGAGCAGCAAUGGCAUUCUUCACAUGGAGCUUCAGCAGUGCUGCUUUGACUGCAGCAGUUGUAGCUUCUUAGAGAUGGGGCUUGUGUUGCUGAGUGCAUCAAGACUAUGGUUAAAUCUCACACCCUUUCAGUUACAGUUAUUGUGCAGUUAUCUCUUUUAAGAUGUUUGUUGUAAAAUCAUGAUUUUUUAAAGCAUUCAUUUUUAAUGAUACUAUUAUUUGCACCUGCUCAUCUGAUAAUUAUUUAAGGAAUAUAGUGGCCUUGAGAUUGUGAAAUUAAUGAAAACUAAAAUCAAUUGCAGGCAAUUACUGGAGAUAAUUGACCAGUAUGGAUGCAGCUGCUCCAUUAUUUUCUGAGUGCUGACUUUUACUUGGUAUUUUGGACUGCCUUAAGUUAGAGGACUAAAUCAAUGAAACGUGCAUGAGAAAAAUGACUUCCCAAAGAACUGGACCCUUGAAAAGCAUUUAUCAUCAGUUUCCUAGCACUCUAUAUUUUUAACUACUUCAGUCCAUUCAUAAUAAAUCAGAGUCACUGUUAAGUUCUUUUGGUUGUCCUUUUAACUGAUGUCCUGUCCUUAGGCAUCAAAUAUAUACACACUUGACUGCCAGAAGGUGCCUUUAUAUUUAAUUCAUAAACUUGUGAAAAUACACUUUUAUAAUUUUGUAUGGAUUUUAAAAUACGUUUCCUACCAGAGUGACACUAGUGUCUGGCUCUUUAAGUCUUUAACAGCUGCAGCUGUCAGUGAGGUUAACCAAAAAGGUGGAGAGCCUUUGCUGGUAUAAAAAGUGAUUUUUUUCCAUUGGUGAGGUCUCUCUUCUGUCGGGGACUUAUUUCAGAACUGGGAUCUUGCCUAAUUCUUGUCUCUGCACUAUUGUUUAACAAGUGCCAAACCAAAGUACUUUGUUCAGACCUAGUCUGGAUAUGUCACCAGUUUCUGAAACAACCACCAAAGGACAGUGGCCUGUGUGCCUUAUACCUUGGUAUCAAGCAGCAGUAUGAGUCUAGUAGCUGAGGAUCUGUAAAAAGAGGAUCUUAGCUAUUGACAUUCUUCAGGUUUUGAUCAAUUAGUACAACAUAUUUGUCUUUUUUUUGCUCAAUGUUUCAUUGCACAGAUCUAUUCAUACCACUCCUUUUCUAUUACUCAAGAAUGGCUGCAGACUUAGAGCUGAAUUUAAAUGGUGAUUUUUCAUUUCUGUAAUUACUGUACUCAGCCUUGAGACUUGCUAAAAGCAAAUAGUAUACUAUGCAGUGCAGAUGAGGUUUUGCAUUAUCUGCAUGUUCUCUAGCCUUUAUUUGAGAGGUCUUUCAAGUGUGUAAAUAAGGCUGAGGGGAAAAAAAUUAACACCUCUGCUUAUUCAGCUGUUUAUUACAGCAUAUUGCUUGUAAAUUAGUGAUGCCCAUCUAUGCAUCUGUUCCUAAGGUGCCUUAUGUCCGAGUUGUAAAACACCUGUAAUAAUCUAUAUUCAGUCACUCCCAGAGGUGUGGUUAAGGUAUCCUGCCACUGAUGCAGAGCCAUGUUUGAGCCUUGUUGUGCAUCCUUUUCUUCUUACUGCUUUGGUGGACAGGAACACUGGGAGGUGGAGUGUAGGAGUGGAGGUCGCUGGUUGUGAAACCAGUCACAUCAGUUUGUGUGCUGGGAGCCACGGGAACGUGGAAUUCCUGUAGUCUAAAAGCUGCCUUGCAUUGAGAUUAACUUCUGAAUGUUUUGAUUUGGUCAUUCUUGAAAAGUAUAUUUUGGACAUGAUGAACUACUACUGUUUGGCUACAUGAAAUGAAGAAGUGUUUCCCCCAAAAUUUGGAGGUACUCUUUGUGAUUAUAAAUUGUUGUAUAUCCGCCAAAAAUGUUGUUGGCUGUUUCUGUACA